ACAAAAACAACUGAAACUCGUGAUAUCUCUUAAAUUUUAUUAAUUUUAAACAAUUUUAAAGAGAAUUUUAAUGUUUAAAAUAAUUUUAAAGAAUGACAUCUUCAACGAUAAAUAUUCUUCUGGAAGUUGACGACUUCAAUGAAAUCGUCUUCAGCAUCGUCUCUAAAACUGAUUUGGAAGCUGAAACCCUGUCUGGAACAAGAAAACUUCACAGUAUUAGACAAAAAUCUGACUCUCAAUCGGAUUUUUCUGUCAAAAUUUUUCAUAAAAUUGAUUUUUUCGAAGAAUUUCAACCCAAAAUAUCAAAAAAUGAAGCUCUACUGCCGUUUAAAUCAAUUGAAGUUGAAGAAACUGUACCUCAAAACAUCAAAUCCCGAUCAAAAAGCUUAAAAUGCUCGAUUUGCAAACAUCCGUUUUCGAGUCAAAAGCAAUUAAACGCACAUUUAUCGAAAAAUCGAUGCACAUCUCACGAAAAUCGCAAACAAGUCAUCAAAACUUUGUCGUAUCUCCCUCCAAAUUUGAACUUACCUGACUUGAACAACCUUCCGCAUCAUCCGUAUGAAGCAACUUUCCUCCAGUCUGACAACACAAUCGCUUAUAUUCAUCAAACGCACGUCAACAAUGUACUUUGGAUCACAAAUUUCGACCUUUUUGGCACAAAAAGCUGCGAAAUCUGCGACGAAACCUUGACAAAUCACAUUUCUCUCGUGAAACAUCGUCAAAAUGAGCAUUUUUUCACGGGAAAUAAGCCGAAUUGCAAUGCUUGCGGUAAAAUUUGCGAAACUCCGGAUGACCAAAGACUCCAUUCGCUGUACUGCCUUCAACGGGAACUGCUUUUGGCGAAUUUUUGUUACGAUUGUGAGAUUAUGUUCAGUGAUCGGCAUCGUUAUCGGAGUCAUUUGGUGCAAAAACACUCAAUUUUGAGGGAAAAAGAAGAUAAAAUCGAGGAAAUUUCAUUUUUGUAUUGCGCUCAUUGCCCGUACAAAACGAGAAUUCGGGCUUGUUUGCUCUCGCAUUUGAUGUCGACGCAUUUUCCGGCAGAAGAAAUGAAUUUUGUGGAACAAAUUGAUAAAAAUUACGAAUCUGACGUCGAAAUGGAAGAAGAAUAUUUACUGGAUGAGGUUGAAAUUGAAGAAAUUUUACCAAAAUUCGUCGUUGAAGACACUUUUAGUACCAAAAACGAAGAAAAAUCUGAAAAAAAUCAUCUCAACCUGCCAUUGGAUCAUCUUGUGAAGAUCACUUAUGUCUCUACGAACCCUUUGGAUAAAGUUACUUACUUGGAUUAUCUGCCCCCGGACCUAAAUUUGCCGGAUUUGACGAAUGUUACUUAUCCAAUCGACCUCAAAGUGCUUCAGCCCAACGGAACUCCGACUUUUAUUCGACAAGAAACGAAAUAUUCGAAGAUUUGGGUCACAAAUUUCGAUACUCACAGCAAAAAAUGCGAAUUAUGCGGCGUUUCGGUGACAAAUGAGCUCAAAAAUUACGGAAUUGUGUUGAAACAUCGCAUGGAUCAUCACUUUUUCCCCGGAAAUAGUCAAAAAUGCAUCGGAUGUUCAUCGGAAUUUGCUUCGUACGAAGAUCGGAUUCGUCAUACUUUGUAUUGCGACGGCAAAUUUUCGAUCGACGCGACUUUUUGUUACUUGUGCGAUGCCAAAUUUGAUGAUUUUCUGUCUGUGAAGGAACAUUUGCAAGCAGUUCAUCCCAAGAAACGGCCUGAAGUUGCUGAAAAACCAUGGAAAUCAUGCCAAAUUUGUAAAAAAACAAUAAAUUUGAAUGUCUUGUCGAUGCGGGAACAUGUCAAAAAUGAGCACGAAGUGAAACUCUUGAGAUGUGCUCAUUGCGAAACGCGUUUCAGUGAUAAGCAAUUCCUCGAAAAUCAUUUGAUGCAGGAACAUUUUCCGCAUUUGGCGGUUCAUGGAGCAGAAAAGAAGAAAUUUCGAUUGCCGGAGGAACCUGUGAAAUGUAAAGAGUGCGAUAAAAGUUUCUCGAGGCAGUAUAUUAAGGCGCACAUGACACGAGCGCAUUCGAAGGAGAAAAAUAUUUUUACGACGAAUAAAGCUUUUAAUUGUGAGUUGUGUGGGAAAUUUUAUUUGACAAGUGCGACGUUUAAAAAUCAUCUGAAAACGCAUUUGCCGGAUGAGAAGAGACCGUUCAAGUGUUCACAUUGUGCCAAAGGGUUUUAUUCGUUGGCAACGUUGGUAGAGCAUGAAAGGCAACAUACAGGUGAAAAACCCCACAGAUGCCCUUUUUGCGACAAAGCCUUUGCCAAAAAACAAACUUACAAAGAUCACGUCGCAACUCACACCGGCAACGGCUACAAAUGCCAUCUUUGCGAUCGAAAGCUACACGAUCACAGCAGUCUCCGCAAACACUUGAAACGCCACGAAGCUAAAAUGGGCAUCAAAUUAACUUACACAAAGGACGAACGACGAUGGAAAGACUACGGAUUACUCGAAAAAAUAAAAGAAUUCAUCUAAAAUCUUUAAAAA